GUGUAGAGCCGGCAAUGGCCGGCAACCGUCAACUGCAAAAUUUGUAGCGAAAAUUAAUUGUUGAUAUCUUCGUGACAUGGACUAGAAGAAUCAGCAAACAAAUAAUCAACACAUCUUCGAAAUAAUGGCUGGACCAGAUGUGGCGGCUCUCGCUGCUGAUUUAGCGAGGGCUGUUGAGUUGACUAUGAGCACUGGAGCCUCCCAAACUGACCGGCUUAAAGCCUACAACGCCUGUGAAAGCUUCAAAGAAACAUCUCCUUUGUGUGCUCAAGCAGGGUUGUAUUUGGCCGCUGGGACGCAACAUUCGCUCAUUUCGAGACAUUUUGGGCUCCAGUUGAUGGAGCACACUGUUAAGUAUAGGUGGACGCAGAUCUCUCAGCAGGAGAAAAUUUUCAUUAAGGAAAAUGCAAUGAAGUUGUUGGCUGCGGGCGGAAUCAGUGAUGAGCCCCACAUGAAGGAUGCUCUGAGCAGGGUAGUAGUUGAGAUGGUGAAGCGCGAGUGGCCUCAGCAGUGGCCAGGGCUGUUGUCGGAGCUGUCAGAGGCUUGUUCUUGUGGGGAAAUUCAAACAGAACUUGUUCUGUUGGUGUUUUUGCGGUUAGUGGAGGAUGUUGCGUUAUUACAGACAUUGGAAUCAAAUCAGCGAAGAAAAGACAUUUAUCAUGCCCUUACGGCCAAUAUGGCCGUAAUUUUUGACUUUUUUCUACGAUUAAUUGAGCUCCAUGUGAACCAAUUCAGGACAUGUGGUGAAACAAACAACACGAUCAAAGCAACUGCACACGGUCGGGUGGUUCAAGUCGUUCUCUUAACUUUAACGGGGUUUGUAGAGUGGGUGUCUAUGUCUCAUAUUAUGGCUCAAAAUGGCCGAUUACUACAUAUUCUGUGUUUAUUAUUGAACGAUUUAGCUUUCCAAUAUCCAGCUGCUGAAUGUUUAUCUCAGAUUGUGAACAGAAAAGGAAAACUUGAUGAAAGAAGACCCUUGUUGUUGCUUUUUAAUGAUGAACCAAUUCAGUGUUUGGUUUCUGCUGCAAAAAAUCCCGGUGCCAUUUUGGAUGAACAACAUUAUUUGUUUAAGAAGAAACUUGUUCAGGUUUUAGGUGGUCUCACAACCCAACUGUGUAUGCUUUGGGGCAAAGACGGUAUGACCCGCCCCAGUAACUUCUCCGCCUUCCUAGAAGCCAUACUUGCUUUCAGCAGUCAUCAAAGUCUAACUUUAGCCCACAUGGCGAACCCUAUUUGGAACAGCAUGCUUAAACACGAGCACGUGUCUCGCGACCCAGUUUUUCUCUCAUACAUCCCUCAGUGGGUACAGUGCACCGCCCCAAAAAUCGUCAAAUUCAACUACCCCUCCUCGAAAUCGCAAAGCACAGACGCAGGAGGCGCCGCAGCUGCUUACGCUAAAGUAGACUUCGACAGCGAGGAAGAGUUUUCAACGUACUUUUACAGAUGUCGCAGCGAUUUCUUGGACUCGUUCAGACAAGCAACGGUCGUCGCACCUUUAGUCACCUUCAACUACGUCGAACAAUGGUUGAUGAAGUGUUUACAAGUUCCUAACGUCACUUCCGGGUUGGUCAUGUCGGAUCCUUUAUUCCAAGAAUGGGAAGCUCUGUCGACGUUCUUAGAAAGCAUUCUAAGCAGAGUUCUCCAAGCGCAAGAGCGACCAUCGAUAGCUUCCGGUUUGAGAUUAUUGCAAUUGUGUUUGGCCUACCAGCCCGUCGAUCCGCUCAUUCUGUCCACUCUACUCACCUGCAUUUCUGCCCUUUUCGUGUUCCUGAGCAUGUCGACGGGACAGAUGGCGCCUACUGCUAAUUCGGUGGCGGCUUCGGGGGCGGCGCUCUUGCCACAAGUUCUAGAUAAAAUAUUUUCAACCUUGGUUUACGCGCCGGAAGAACAGAGCAAAGAGAACAGGUCCAGAGCCGUGAAGAACGUGAGAAGGCAUGCGGCGUCGCUUAUGGUGAAGAUCGGGAACAAGUACCCGUUGCUGUUGUUGCCGGUGUUCGAUCAGAUAAGGGCCACCGUGGACAAUUUGUCGAGGGUCGAUAGUCCGGCUGGGUUGAGUACAUUGGAGAGGGUGACGCUGCAGGAGGCGUUGCUGUUGAUUUCGAAUCACUUCUGUGACUACGAUCGGCAGAGCAACUUUGUGCGGGAGGUUUUAGGAGAGGCCAAUGCUCAGUGGCGCGCCAUCGUCUCGUCCGGGGCUUUCAAGAGCGCUGGUGACUUAAUCUCCUUCGUCGGUCUCGACAAGCCGCCUGUCGCUCCGCACACCGAGAACCCACACGGCCAUAACCGUAGCAGCAUCGUCUUCUGCGUGAACUUGUUGCUGGGCGCUAUCAAGCGCUGCUCCUGGCCGGAAGACCCCGAGCGCGCCACGCGCGGCGGCUUUGUGGUCGCCCUCACAGAGUCCGGCAACCCGGUCUGCCGCAACCCGGCGGCACCUCACGUCGUGCCGCUGCUGCCAGACCUCCUUUCGCUGAUCCGCAUCUUCAACGAACUGUUCACGUGCGAAGCUCAGAACCUCAUCCACGAGAAUUACAAGGGCUGCCUGGGCAUGCUCGAGACGGAGAAGUCGAACUUGCUGGGGCUGAUCGGGCACGCGGCGGCUGAUCUGGGGGAGGCACAGGUGGUACAGAGUCCAUUGGAGAGGAUGCAGAGGUUCCUGUUCGGGUUGCACGAGAGCUGCUAUCACAUGAUCGGAUCCAUGGGGCCUUCGUUGGGCAGGGAUUUGUACACCUUGCCGGAUAUAGGAUUAGCAAUAAUCAAUAGUGUGUUGGCUUGUUUGCAGUAUAUACCGGAUUACAGGAUGAGACCUAUUAUAAGAGUGUUUUUGAAGCCGUUUAUAUAUUCGUGCCCUACACCAUUUUACGAGGCGGUACUUCUGCCGAUCAUUGCUCAUAUCGCUCCUUUGAUGCUGUCCCGACUUCACACCAAGUGGCUACAAGUCAACGAAUUUCGCAACAGGGAAGCGCAAGAAGACAAUGCCGACACUCAAGAAGUAUUAGAAGACAUACUCACAAGAGCGCUAACUCGUGAAUAUCUAGACGUAUUAAAGGUGGCGCUAGUUGGAGGGGGUCUUACUCCUGAAUCAAGCUCGGAAAAUAUGGAAACUGAAGAUCUGAGUAUGGACUCGCCCACACCACCGCCACCAACUCGUUCGAAUAUGACGACUGAAGUUAUUUCAGAUUUAGGUUUGGUACUACUUCGAAGCGAAAAAACUUGUCAGUCCAUAGUAUUGGCAGUCUUGGGGGCGCUCUCGUGGAUCGAUAGCAACGCUUCAUUAAAAGCUACCUACUUAACAGGACCUAUAGUGAGACAGCUAGUUUCUGAUAACUCGUUAAAUGGAGAGAUGGCAGCACAUAUAAUGGCGUCUGUUUUGAACGCUUUAACUUUACAUGGUCAACACGAAGCCAACCAAGGAUCGUUGUUGACUCUCGGGGCACAAAUGUACGAAAUGUUGCGGCCUACUUUUCUCGAAGUUCUUGGAGUGAUGCAACAAAUUCCCGGCGUAAAUCCUGUCGAUUUGCAAAAGUUGGACGAGAGGAUUUCGGGGAGUACCAGCAAGGGAAAUAAAGUCGAAAAGGUUAAGAAAGAUUUGUUUAAGAAAAUUACAGGGAAUUUGAUUGGAAGAAGUAUGGGACAGCUCUUCAAGAAGGAGGUUAAAAUUCAUGAUCUACCCAGUUUAGCAUUUUCAAAAAAGCCUGAACCAAAAGAAGUUAUACCAGAUCUACAAAACGUGUUUAGUUAAUAUUGUCUUAAAUAUUGUCAAAUACUUGUUAUUUAUUUAAUUUAUUGUGCAACAUUCCUUGUUGUUCAAUUUCUAAAACUGACUGCAUCUAAUCAUGAUGGAUUUUUUUGUAUAUAUUGUUGUGAUUUAAUUUUAUUUACGAUAUUAUUUUGGUCUUUAAAUAAAUAGUAAUUUUUCAUGA